CUUUUAACUACGUACGGGGGAGGCACAACGUGCUGAAAGUGAGAGGGGAGGCAGAAUUCAAUUCCUGCAACAAACUGGGACAAGUUCCGCCUCUGACAUCGGGAAACAAUUCGUUUAUUUUCAUCACCGGCGGAAGAAAAUGGUACAUUUGCGCCUUCGAAGACCACUGCCAGAGAGGAAUGAAGCUUUCCAUCAACGUAGAAGAAGCGGAGGCUCCCGCUCCUUCGCCCACCGACGGGUAUGACAACUCGGCCGGCAAUAUUGCUACGUUUGGCUAUUAUAAAUAUUUGGUGGGAUUGGCUGCUGUGUUGGGAGUGGGGGUUAUGUUAUGA